UGGGUCAUGUGACCUGUGUGGACCAAUCAGGUGGCGGCGGUGGCUAGGCUCAAGCAGCCAUUGUUGAGCGCCGCGUCACCGCCCUCUAUCUCAUAUUAUCAUGGCGUCUGGUGGUCAUCCCGCCCUUCACGCCCGCCAUCACACACCCACGCCCAUCAAUAGAGGGUAUUACAACACUCUUGUUGCUCCGUCUCCCACCAUAACUCUACACUUGGCUCUAUAAUGUGAGCGUGGCGUCUCCCCCUCACAAGCUGAGGCAGCCAUAACUCUACAACCAUAAGCAAAAUACUUCUAAGUUUGAUGUUUUAUAAUGUAUAUGGUGAGAGUGGAUGGUAGGAGAGGAGUGUGUGGUUGUAGAGUGGUUGUAGAGUGUUGUUCGAGUGGUUGUAGAGUGGUGUUAGAGGUGCAGGAGGGAGGAGCGUGUUAGUGGUGCGCGGCUCCCGGCGCCUCUCACCUUCUUCUACCCGCCAUUUUGAAACCAAAGCCGUUAUGGCCGACGCCACAAGCAGUGUGGGUAAAGUUUUGUGGUGAUUAUGGUGGUUGGUGAGUGAGUGUCGCCUGCCCACCUGUGCCACUACCUGCCACACACAUCACACAACCUACAUAAACCAUCAACUACCUUAUAAGUGACGCCAUUAAGUUGAAAAUAGUGUGUGAAGUGAGGGACGCUACGAGCGCCCUCCCCAGACCUGCUCAGUGUUUGUUGUCACUACCAUAAUUCUCACCUUCCCCUACAUAUACGUGCAUCCUUGCUAUUGCAAAAGCAAGUUUAUGUGGCAUUAUGAAAAACUGAAUGCAAUACAAGUGUCAGUAAGUGUUGUGUGAGGGAAAAAGUGCAAGUGAAGGGUUGUCCAGGCCACUGGAGCUAUAUUUUACAAAGGCAGUUUAGCGUUAUGUAAUAUUAAGUGAGAAUACGUUGUUUGAGGCACCAGUGAGGAGUGCCACAGUGCCAGGCAACACGUAGUGAUGUGCAAGACUUUGUUAUGACUGCUCAACAUAACAAGUGUCUUAGUGAAUGAUGCAACACUACUAGGGGACAUAACCAUGGAGGAGACAAACGGAGGAGGUAUGCAGGUGGACUCUCCCCCUAAGGUGGGAGGGACAAUUGAGCCUCCACCAAGAGAGGAACCUGUUAUUGAUCCCAUUAAUGGUAUCGUGCAACCUCCAUUCACUCCACCCCCACAUAGACCUGGGCGUAUCACGAACCAGCUCCAAUAUAUUCAAAAACAAGUGAUGAAAACUGUUUGGAAACACCAGUUUGCCUGGCCAUUUCAUCAGCCAGUUGAUGCGAUGAAGCUCAAUUUACCAGACUACCAUAAAAUUAUUAAGCAUCCUAUGGACUUAGGUACUAUUAAAAAACGUCUUGAAAAUAAAUAUUAUUGGAGUGCUAAAGAGUGUAUACAGGACUUUAACACUAUGUUUACUAAUUGUUAUGUGUAUAAUAAGCCUGGCGAAGAUGUAGUGUUAAUGGCACAGACGCUAGAAAAGAUAUUUUUAACAAAAGUGGCUGCCAUGCCAAAGGAUGAAGUUGAAGUGGAAGAUGCCACAAGCAAAGGUGGCAAAGGCCGCAAAGGUCGGACCCCAGUUGUGCCAGGGACAAAGCCACCUAGGCCUCCUGUUAAUACAUCUGCCCCAUCUGUUACUACUACAACCUCAGCCCCAGCAGUUACAGCAUCCCCGGCCAUGAGUGCUGUUACUGUAGGGGGCAUGACUAGCACUAGCUCACCGGCUCUUUCUAACUCCAUAUCCUCGCCACCAACGGCCACUACCAUGGGGUCGUCUCAACUGCCAUUGCCCAUAAGAGUAACCACUCCUCCAACUACAACUACAGUGCUGGGCUCCACUGCUCAGCCCACCGUCCCAGCGCCUACAUCUACUAACUCCUUUCCACCAGUUUCACUAGGAGGGCCGAUCCAAGGCUUCCCCCCUCAUCCCACUCCAGCCCCCAAUCAUCCUAACCCUCCUACAACUAUAGAUGGUUGGAAUCAGAAUGAUGCUCAGAAAGGUGUAAAGAGGAAAGCAGAUGCUAUGGCUCCAAUGAUUGGCAACUCCACUCUAGACCCAUUUUCACAAGGGUUAGGGGAAAAAAUGGGCAAGAUAUCAUCUCGGAGAGAGUCAGGAAGACAGAUCAAGAAAGUCAACAAGGAUUUACCAGAUUCUCAGGUAACCUUGAGGGAAGCAACUCAGCCACAACAUAGCACGAAACCAAAAGGAAAGGUUUCUGAGUCUUUUAAAAAUUGCAACGAAAUUCUCAAAGAUCUUUUUUCUAAAAAGCAUUCGGUAAGUGUUAUAUUUCAGCAUAUGUAGUAUUGUCUCUCAAAAAUGUAGCGCA